UCGAUACAACCUGCAGUGGGGUUUGACCAAUAAUUUGAAGGGGAAGACACCAAAAAACAUUAACAGAAACUAUGACUCAUAGGAGUUGUCCCUCUUUGUUCCACAACCCAGAUAUGGAAAUGCAGCAAGGCCCUUCAGAAAUUUCCUUUGAAUUAUUUGAUAUUAAUCAUGAUUUUCUUUCCUUUGAUAUGGUUGAUUUCUCAUCGAGUUCGCAGACACCAAUUACCAAAAACGAGCCAAAACAAUUGAUGUUGAAGUCAUCAUCAUCUGAAGCAAACGAAGUGUUGCAGAAUAAUACUAAGAUGGAUCAAAAAUCAUCAUAUAUAGGUGUAAGAAAAAGACCUUGGGGAAAGUAUGCAGCAGAGAUCAGAGACACAACAAGAGGAGGAAGAAGGGUUUGGCUUGGAACAUUUGAUAGUGCUGAAGAUGCUGCUUUAGCUUAUGAUCAAGCUGCAUUUUCAAUGAGAGGUUAUGAUGCUGUGCUCAAUUUUUCUGUUCAAAGGGUCAAAGAAUCUUUGCAAGAGAUUCAAUAUGAUUGCAGAGAAGGGUCUUCACCUGCACUUGCACUAAAAGAGAGGCACUAUGAACAAAGAAAGAUGUUAUCAAAAGGUGUAAAGAAUAAAGCAGGGAAACAAGAUGAAUCAGAAGGAUCAAGUGUUUUGGUGUUAGAGGAUUUGGGAGUUGAAUAUCUUGAGCAACUUCUAUCCAUAUCUGAUAAUCAAAGUACAAGCAGCAACAGCUAG